AUGGAGGCAGCGGAUCCAGGAAUGGCAAGUUUGUUUGAUGAAAAAGAGAUGAAAACCGUUUUGCUCCUAGGGCUAGCUUGUUGCCAUCCGAAUCCGAACCAAAGACCGUCCAUGAAAACUGUCUUGAGUGUCUUGACAGGUGAGACCAGCCCACCCGAUGUGCCUACAGAGAGACCUGCUUUCGUGUGGCCUGCUAUGCCUCUAUCGUUUAGCGACGUUGACUCUUCUCUUACCGGGAGUCAGAUCAAUGCGCUCACCGUCACCGAGCUUAUUGGCCGAUAA